AUGGCACUUCCUUAUUGGCAGCAGAAUUUCAGCUUUGUUUGGCAGCGGCGGCUUCGUCUUGAAGAACAGUCUCAACUCAGCUCUCUUUUGGCCAUUAUUUCUGAUAAUUUUCCCUCUACGGGACCUGACAUGUUCGAAUGGAACAUAAAACCUUUCUCUCCGACAACCUUCUACCACUUUUGGCAUGCUUCAGUUCGGUCUCCAUCUCCUCAGCUUAGUAAAUUUUGGAAAUUCAGUAUUCCUCCUCGCAGUCAAUUCUUUAUGUGGCUUUUGGCUAGGGAUCGGAUAUCUUCUAACACUUUAUUAGCCCGUCGAGGUGUUAUUUCAUCUCUUAGUUCUACUUGCUUGCUUUGUUCCGAAGAAGAGUCGAGUAUCCAUAUUGUUUUGCAAUGCCGUUUCGCUUGGGAAUUUUGGAACUCAAUUCUGCAUUUUUGCAGCAUUCAAUAG